AUGCGAAAAGCUUUUAGUAAAAUAAAUUAAUUAGAUUUGUUUGGUAGUUAAAUUCAUCUGAAAUUUUAAGGCGAUUCGUCUUAUAAAACUAAAUUUGGAUCUAUCUUGAGUCUUAUUAUUAUAGGAAUAAUACUUUUCCGUUUGGUAAUUAUUGUAAUAGGUGUUUCUAUGAGAAAUAAUCCUAGUAUUAUAUUUAAUGAGAGAUAAGUUGACAAUCCUGAGCUUUUCGAAGCUACUAGUACAACCUUUCCUCUUGCUUUUGCUAUGGAGGAUCCAAUUACUAGAAAUUAUUACAUUGAUGAGAGUAUUUAUACUGUACAUGCUUAACUACAGUAAAAGUACAUCAUAUAUAAUUCUACAACUUAAGAAAAUACAGUAGUAUGGAAUAUAACAAGUAUUCCUGUAUAAAGGUGCUCACUAGAAAACUUUAAUAAUGCUGAAAAUGUCGCUUACUACAAAUCUUUAAACUACACAAAUAUGUAUUGCUUUUCUCCAGAUAGUAUUCUUCCUAUAUAAGGAGAUUUCUCUUCUCCUAUUUUUUCCUAAAUACAAUUUUAAGUUAAAUAAUGCCAAACAAAUUGUAAGUCAUCUGAUUUAAUAUAAUACUAUUUGCUGAAAUCAGGUUUUGGUAUGUAGCUUUCAGAUGCUUAUGUAGAUCCUAAAGUCAAAGAAUUCCCUUUCAAGAUUUAUUCUCGUGAUAUGUAUUGGCCUACAAGCCUAUUGAUGCCAUAAGAUGUGAUUGUAUAUAUUAGAAAUAACUAUGUGUACAGUGAUUUCGGAUGGGUAACAUCUGAUAUCUAAACUUAAAAGUUUCCUUCUUACAGCUACUACGAAAGUUUUAUGUAUCCUCCUAGCUUUUAAGAUUACUUUUUGAGUAUGACAUUUAAAUUUGAGAAAUAAAAAGAAAGUGAAUAUCAAAGAAACUAUUAGAAUAUUUUUGACAUUAGUUCUUAGAUAGGAGGUUUCUCAUAGACUUUGCUGGCAAUAGGUUUUUUGCUAUGUAGAAAGCUUUCUUAAGUUUAAUUUGAUUAAUAAAUAAUUAAUUCUGUGUUUAAUUACUAUGAUUCAAAAGAAGAAGUAUGCGAAAAGGAAGUUCAAUUUCAAUAAUCUAAUUUACCUAAAUAGGUUUCAUAAAAUUUAAAUAACAUUGGAAAACCCUAAGCAGCAAUAAAUUUAGAUAAAAGCCCUUCUACUUACUAAUCAUUGAGAGAGAAGCAAAAAAGUAAGAAUCUUUUUUUAAAAAAAGAAGAUUAAAAUUAAAAGUAAUUUUUGUUUCAUGAUAAAUCUCCCACUGAAGAAGGAAUUAUAACUAGCUCUCCUCAAUCUAUAUUUUCACAAAAAUCAGAUAUUUAUUAAGAUAGGAAAUAAGUUUUUAAUUCCAAUAUCAUUCAAAAAACUUAAGAAAAUAAUGGUAAUAAAACUUAAUUUCAGAAUAACUUCAAAGAGCCAGACAAAGAAUCUUUAGAAAAAUAAUAAGCAAUAUUUGAAAAUAAAUUUAAUGAACAAUUCAAAAUCCACACAAAAAGUAUGAAAUUGAGUAUUUGGGAUUAAAUCAAAGCAAUCUUCUUUCCUUUUGGAAAAUCAAAGAAAAAGAAGUAAAUCAUCUAGUACAGCACUGAAAAGCUUUACUACCAUCUAGAUAUUAUUAAUAUUUUGAAAAAGUUGAUAGAAGUUGAGAAAUUAAAAAGACUCCUUUUAGAUUAGGACUAACUUAGGCUUUUUGAGUAUCUUCCAAAACCAAAAAUUCAUUUUGAUUUGGUUGCUUAGGUAAAAAAAGAUUUAAACGAUUAAAAAAAUUAAGAAAUAAAUUUACUCUAUCAAGACAAUAGAGCUGAGUUUUAAAAGGUGAAAGAUGCUUAUCAGGCCUAUAAAGUUAUACUUAGCAAGUAAAACUAUUCAGAUGUUGAUUAAAAAAUAGUAGAGAUGCUUGAUCCAAAUUUAAUUAAAUUUUUUGAAGAAGAAAAAAUGCAAGAUUAAAUAUAAAUGAGCAGCUAAGGAAAUUUAAAAUUAGAUUAUUAAUCUAUGCUUAAUAAAGAUACCUUAAAAUUUCCUUAAAAAACAAUAAAUACAGUUUCUAGUUAAAACAUUUACUAAUCACUAUAAAGUAGAAGACAAAAAAUGUUAGCGAAUUCUAGAAAACAGCAUCUUGAAGUAGACGAAGUAAAUGAAUCAUCAAAUUAAAAAAUUGAAUAAAAUUCUUCCUAGAAUAGUUAACGCAGCUAAAAAACAAACAAAUAAACAAAUAAAAUGCUUCAAAAAAUUGAUUUGUUCGGAAGUUAGAUCUAUCUUAGGUUUAAUGGAGCGCCUACAUAUUAAUCUAAGGUAGGAUCUAUUUUUACAUUAGUAAUAGUAGGAUUUAUUUUAUUCCGUCUAAUUUAAAUUAUAAUAAGUGCUUCCUAAAGAAGCAAUCCUUCUGUUAUUUUUACAGAAAGAUAAGUUAAUGAUCCAGCAUUAUUUCAAGCCACUAGUUAAUCAUUCCCUAUGGCUUUCGCUAUGGAAGACCUAGCUACUAAAAAUUACUAUAUUGAUGAAAGUGUUUACACAGUAAAGGCCUAGCUCUAGUAGAAAUUCACUACUUUCAAUUCUUCAUCCUAAAAAAAUUAAACAACAUGGAAAUACACUGACAUACCUCUGCAACGCUGUACCUCUCAAAACUUUUAAAAUCCUAAAAAUUUAUAAUAUUUUACAGCUGUGAACUAUACAAACAUGUAUUGUCUUCCUCCUGACGCAGUAUUACCUAUUCAAGGAGAUUUCCCUUCUCCAACUUUCUCAUAAAUUUAGUUCAUAUUUUAAUAAUGCUAAACUAACUGUAAAUCAUAAGAAGAAAUAAAUCAUUACUUACUAAAAUCAGGAAUGGCUCUUUACAUGUCUGAUGCGUAUGUAGAUCCUACACAAUUUUAAGAUCCUUUUUAGAUUUACGCUAGAAAUAUGUUUUGGCCAGCAAGUCUCUAAAUGCCUUAAGAUAUUAUUGUCUAUAUCAGAAAUAAUUAUGUUUAUAGCGAUUCUGGAUGGAUAAUUUCUGACUAAGAUACCAAGAAAUUCCCUUCUUUUAGUUUCUAUGAAAAUUUUAUUUAUCCUCCUAAUUUCCAAUAAUAUUUUCUUACUCUUACAUUUAAGUUUGAAAAGUAAAAAGAAAACUCUUACAGUAGAAAGUACUAAGAUAUAAGUAGUAUAAUCUCAGAAAUAGGUGGAUUUUCUUAGAGUCUACUAGCAAUUGGCUUUUUGAUUUGUACUAAAAUUUCUUAAUUAUAGUUAAAUUAAUAGUUAGUUAAUUCUGUAUUUAAUUACGAUGAGUCUGAUAGUGUUAAUAAUAAAAAUAAUUAAUCAAAAUAAAAUGUUGAAGAAAUUGAAAAGGUAAUUAAUUAGGUCUGUAAUAAUAAUAAAAUUAAAGAAUUUAACUCAACAAAAGAAAAGAAAUUAUCUUAAGUUGAUUAUAAAAAGAGAAGCUCAACUAUAAACAACCGUAAUUAUAGCAAAAGUAACUCUAGUAAAGACAAUUCAAGCGUUGAAAAUAUAAAGUUGUCUUAACUUGCUGCUCUUAUUAAAGAAGAUAAAAUACAGUUAUCGCCUAAUUGCUAAGGAUAGAAUUUAAUGAUAAAUUCAAUGUUAAAGGAAAAUUUUGAUAAGAAUGAUUCGAAUGCAAUUGAAAUAGAUCAAAAAAAAGAUAAAAUUCAUAAUAAGCUAAAAAAACUGAAGGAGUAAAGUUAAAAGCUUAAAGAAAAUCAUUUCAAUAAGUUAUUAGAAAAAUAAACAAAAAGUAUGAAAUUGAGUAUUUGGGAGUAUGUUAAAUCAAUAUUUUAUCCUUUUGGAUAUUUAAAAAAGAAGAAGGAAGUAAUUGAGUAUAGCAUAAAUAAACUCUACUAUAAUCUAGAUAUUUUGUAAAUUUUGAAGAGACUUAUUGAAGUAGAGAAACUAAAAAGAUUACUUCUAGAUAAGGAUUAAAUAAAAUUGUUCGAUUAUCUACCAAAACCCACAAUCUAUUCUGUUUUAGUUUCAGAUAAUUAGCAAACACAGGAUGACUCAAAAAGAAAUGAAAUAGAUUUGCUCUAUUAAGAUAACAGGUCACCACUUUAAAAAGCAAAAGAGGCUUAUGAAGCUUAUAGAAACAUAAAAAAAAAGGAAAAAAAUUCUUAGUUAGAUGAAAAGAUAAUUGAAAUGCUAGAUCCUAAUCUCUUAUCUAUAUUUGAAUUAUAGAAUUUUAAUAGUGGGUAGUCAUAGUCUUUAAAAGAAAGUAUGAGACUCACAGAAGCUAACAGUUAAUAGGAAAAGGUGCAACGAAAAAGAAAUUUUUUAGACAGACAUUAAAAUGAGUAAAUUACUGGGUAAAAAAACACUUUGAGUCCAAGGCAAAUACAUUCAAGUAUUUAGGAAUACCAAAAUACGAUUGAACCAAGUAUUUCCCAGAAUAUUAUAUCUCCCUAUGAAUAAAAAGAUGAAAUAAAAGAAGUGUAUACAUUCAAGCAAUUAGAAUAGAUACCAAGCAACUCUUCGCGCCAAUAUAAAAUCUAUAAUUAUACACUUAAUGAUAAUAUGCAAACUGAAAUCCCUUCAGAGGAAAAAAUUGAAUUAAUGUUUUACAAUAGAAAUUUAAAGAAAGAAAAUUAACUUUCUAAAUUAUGA